GAAAAUGAAAAAGGAAAAAUUGGGAAUGAGAACUUGAUAACCCUUUGAAAACCCCCCAUUGAAUUGAAAGUAAAAAAAGAAAUAGUUGCCUUCCAACGUUCAUCAUCCUCAUCGGUUCCCACUUUUCAGUUGUUUGUGUGAGUAACAAUGGAGAAAGGGAAGAGCAACUGCAAGAACAAGAACAAGAACAAGCCAGCACCCUCAAGUGCCAUAACACUGGAGCAAUUCGUUUCCACCAUGGCUCCUUUAAUAGAUUUGGAAAAGGAUGCUGAAAUAUCAGUUUCCAUGAACUCUGCUGAGACAAGGAGUUUGGAUUCUGCUCAGAAGAAGGGUUCCACUAUUCUUAAUUUGAAGUGUGUCGAUAUCCAGUUUUAUGGACAGACAGGGCUAAUGGGCAAGAUGCUUCUGGAGUUUCAAUCAAACAAAGGGGAUAUCCUUCCGCCUCACAAGUUUGGCACUCAUGAUGUCGUUGUUUUGAAGCCAAAGAAAGCUGAUUUAGGCUGUCCUGCACUUGGACAGGGAGUUGUCCACAGACUAAAGGACUCAUCUAUUACUAUUGCUUUUGAUGAUGUCCCAGAAGAAUGUCUGAAUAAUCCUUUACGCCUUGAGAAACUGGCAAAUGAGGUGACCUACCGUCGGAUGAAAGACACGUUGAUACAAUUGAGUAAAGGUGUGCUGAAGGGCCCUGCCUCUGACUUGGUUCGUGUUCUUUUUGGGGAGAGACCUCCAACAAUGUCUAAGAAGGAUGUCAGUUUCACUCCUUCGAAUCGCAACCUUGAUCACUCGCAGAAAGAUGCAAUUUCGAAGGCACUUUCAUCCAAGGAUGUAUUUUUGUUGCAUGGGCCUCCUGGAACUGGGAAAACGACCACUGUUGUUGAGAUAAUUUUGCAGGAAGUCAAACGUGGUUCAAAGAUUCUCGCUUGCGCUGCUUCAAAUAUUGCUGUUGAUAACAUUGUUGAGAGACUUGUUCCACACAGAGUGAAACUGGUGAGAUUGGGACAUCCUGCACGUAUGCUCCCACAAGUAUUGGAUAACGCUCUGGAUGCCCAGGUUCUACGUGGUGAUAAUAGUUCUCUUGCAAAUGACAUCCGCAAGGAGAUGAAGGCAUUGAAUGGGAAAUUAUUAAAAGCUAAAGAUAGAAAUGUGAAGAAGGACAUCCGGAGGGAACUCAAGUCUCUUUCCAGAGAAGAGCGUAAAAGGCAGCAGCUAGCAGUAACGGAUGUUAUUAAGAAUGCAGAUGUAGUGCUGACAACAUUGACUGGGGUAUUGACCAAAAAGUUGGAUGGCUUAUCAUUUGAUGUGGUUGUUAUUGAUGAAGCUGCUCAGGCGCUGGAAAUAGCAUGCUGGAUUGCUUUAUUGAAGGGUUCAAGGUGUAUAUUGUCUGGAGAUCAUCUCCAGCUUCCUCCGACCAUUCAAAGUGUAGAAGCUGAGAAGAAAGGACUGGGAAAGACACUUUUUGAACGUUUAGCGGAUUUAUAUGGAGAUGAAAUCAUGUCAAUGCUCACUGUUCAGUACCGCAUGCAUGAACAGAUAAUGAAUUGGUCAUCCGGAGAGCUGUAUGAAAAUAAGAUUGAAGCCCAUUCAAGUGUUGCAAGCCAUAUGCUAUAUCACCUUGAGGAUGUGAAGGAAUCGCCUUCUACAGAAAAAGCCCUUUUGCUCAUAGACACAGCUGGGUGUGACAUGGAAGAAAAAAGGGAUGAGGAAGAUAGCACGUUAAAUGAAGGUGAAGCUGAGGUUGCCAUUUCCCAUGCGAAGAGACUAGUUGAAAGUGGAGUCCGGGCUUCUGAUAUUGGACUAAUCACUCCUUAUGCAGCACAGGUUGUUUUCUUGAAAACACUCAAAAGCAAUGUAGACGAAUUAAAAGAAAUGGAGAUUUCGACUGUUGAUGGUUUUCAGGGUCGAGAAAAAGAAGCUAUUAUCAUUUCUAUGGUCCGAUCAAACUCAAAGAAAGAGGUGGGAUUUCUUAGUGACAGAAGAAGAAUGAAUGUUGCUGUGACACGAGCAAGGAGACAGUGCUGUCUUGUAUGUGAUACUGAAACAGUCAGUGGUGAUAAAUUCUUGAAGGGAUUGAUUGAGUACUUUGAGGAGCAUGGUGAAUAUUUGAGUGCUUCAGAGUACGUAAAUGAAUAGGAAUUUUGGUCACUAUUAGUAGCCUGUUCUUCAGUGCUGCAAACAGUCAAGAGAACUCCAAAACCCAUGAUGCUUAUAGUUUGUAGGUGUAGGUUAUCAUCUGGGAGCCGGUGAUCUGUCAUAAAAUGUCUAAAUCACCUUUCUUGUGUUCUGUGGACUGCAGUAUCAUGAUUUGAAAUCUCAAUUCCUUAUCUAAGUCAAUUUUUGACUUGAUGAUGCAGUAUGUCUCUGAUUGUACCUACAUUGAUGUAUCUUGGAGGGAUGAUGCACCAUGCCUGUGAUGUACUUACAUUGAUGUAUCUCGGAAGAAAGUAAUCCUUCUAUUUUCACCUACUGAUCAGUUUUUAACCAAGUGUAAUCUUGAAAAUAACAAGGGACAUGCCCAAUGCAUGCCGUCAAGAAAUUAACUUGAAAAUUUGGAAAUAUUUGAUUGUGGUUCUAUUGUGCAUA